ACGGCAAUCAGCUAUUUGAUAAGCUCGGCGAUUCGCUGAAUGCGACCAAAAUGGCGGUUUUCUGAUAGCGACCAGAUAACGAAUCCUACUUUAUUGUGGCCAUGUUUUUUGGAAGAUCAAAUAUCAUUUAUUUCCUCUAAUAUCAACAUAUUCUCUGUCUAUAAUUCCUUCUAGAUGCGUAGAAUUCAAGAUGACAUUACCUAUCAGGUUCGACGAAUAAGUUUACGACAUAUUAGGGUUCGAGAAUGACACAUCUUCAAUUGGAUUUCUCAUUUUUAAAAUGGAAAUGAUGAAUCUUAUCGCGAGAAAGUUUUUUAAUUUCUUUAAAGCUGAUUCGGAAUGAAUUAGUGAGAUUAAAGCCUACCCAUGUUAAUGCCUUGCAAGUAUUCGACGAAAUUCCAGAGGCUCAAAACAAUCGAAUUUGAAGGCCGUACGCUAAACAAAAAAAAUGGCAACUCCAGUUGAACCACCAAAUGGGAUUAAAUCAGAAGGGAAGCAUUACUUUUCUAUAUGCCAAGCAUUAUUUGAACUAGAUACAAAUUAUGUUCCCAUAAAGCCUAUUGGUCGAGGUGCAUAUGGUAUUGUUUGUUCUUCUUUUAACAAGGAAACAAAUGAAAAAGUUGCAAUAAAAAAGAUCCACAACACCUUUGACAACCAUACAGAUGCUUUGAGAACUUUACGUGAACUCAAACUUCUUCGACAUCUUAGACAUGAAAAUGUUAUUGCCUUGAAAGAUGUAAUGGUGCCCAUGCACAAGACAAGCUUCAAAGAUGUUUAUCUUGUUUAUGAGCUUAUGGAUACUGAUUUGCAUCAGAUUAUUAAGUCAUCUCAGUCACUUUCAAAUGAUCACUGCCAGUAUUUCCUCUUUCAGUUACUACGAGGCUUAAAGUAUCUCCACUCUGCCAACAUCCUCCACCGCGACCUAAAACCCGGAAACCUUUUAAUCAACGCGAAUUGCGACCUAAAAAUAUGCGAUUUUGGGCUGGCCCGCACAAACAACAAUAAAGACCGAUUCAUGACGGAAUAUGUAGUCACGCGGUGGUACCGGGCCCCAGAGCUUCUCCUCUGUUGCGAAAACUACGGAACCUCAAUCGACAUUUGGUCAGUCGGGUGUAUUUUUGCUGAACUUUUAGGAAGAAACCCGUUGUUUCCUGGAUCCGAAUGUUUAAACCAAUUGAAAUUGAUUAUUAACAUUCUUGGAAGCCAAACGGAAGAAGAAAUUGCAUUCAUUGAUAAUCAAAAAGCAAGAAAGUUUAUACAGUCGCUUCCAUUUUCACCUAGGGUGUCGUUUUCUCAGCUUUACCCUGAGGCUGAACCAAUGGCGAUUGAUUUGUUGGAAAAGAUGUUGGUUUUUGAUCCGUUGAAGAGGAUUAGUGUUGAUGAAGCGCUUAAUCAUCCUUAUAUGUCGUCGCUUUAUAGUCCGGGUAUGGAUCCUCCGGUUGAAGGUGCGGUGGAUGUGAAUAUUGAUGAGGAGUUGGGGGAUGAGGUGAUUAGGGAGAUGAUUUGGAAGGAGAUGCUUCAUUAUCAUCCUGAAGUUGUUUCUGUUUCCGUUGGUAAUCCGUAGCCAACCUGAUUCCCAUUCCCAUUCCGAUUCCGGUUCUGAUUCCGAUUCCGAUGUUGACUUUGAAAGGUUUGUUUUUGAACUGUGAUUUUCGGUAUUUUUUGGAAUAAGCAUGGAGUGUAUACUACAGUACGGUUUGUUCUUGAACUUUUAGUUGUUGUAGAGUGGUUGUGGGAGAUUGCAAUUACUUUUUCAUUUAAUGAGAUUAAUGGGUUAAACACUUAAUCUGAAAA